AUGUCGCUUUCUAAUGAUACGAGGCGGCUUAUCCGGCAGAUUAUUAGGCAGGUGCAUCCGGACUUGUUUGCAGCCAACCCUUAUGAGCGGCAAUGCAACUCAGACUCCCUGCAGGUGUUGAACGCUUACGUCGAUGACCUUGCAAAAGGGCUCACUCCGCCUCCGGCGCGGCUGGAGUUCUAUGUCCGCGAGGCCGGCGCCCUUAUGAAGCGGGAAGCUGAGCUUCCAGAUACCGGAAGCUUGGCUCCGCUUUUUUACGCGUUUGGACUUAUUACCGCUGAGGAGCUGCAAGCUGCCGACCCAUACGCAACAGUUCAGGACACCAAUUUCCUCUCUUGGCUCCAGGAGACAGUCCACGAAGCUGUGCGAACUGCUGAACAGCAUGAGCUUCUUAAAUGGCGCAUUAGGAAAUACCGCGACACUUUACAGGAGAAGUUUUCGCUGACCGCAGUUCAGGUUGGUGCCGAGUAUGCGGUCAGCUUAUGCGAGCAGGAACGGCAAGUGGAGGCGCUAACUACGCUGGAAUACGGCCUUAGCAGCUUGUACCAGGACGGCAUGUCCUUCGAGGGUCUUAGUAUUCAGCUAUACCACCCAGACAUGUGUCCCGUCGAAUCUUAUGCGUACGUGGACGAGCAAGGGGAGUACCAAAUGCAGACCAGCUACAUGAAGAGUUACAUCGCAGAUGACGGCACAGUGCACUUAGUGGCGGACAGCACGACAAUACGCGAGCAGGUGAAAGCGCUGGAUCUGGACCGGGCGCGCAUGCUCGCCUUCGUGGCGGACUUUUGGCUGGGCCGGGUGAAGGAGCUGACGCCCGCCAUCCAGGCAUUGCUGGGGGUGAAGGCGGUGUGGUGCGACACGAAAACGGAACAGAACUCGCAGAAAUUCGUCAUCUGGGCUGGUUACUUGUUGGAGAAACGGGAGGACAUCCGGCGGCACCUGGGGGACCGGACGUUUGCAUUCUCGCUCAUAGUGCACUCGGAGUCCGACGGGCCGCUCAUCAACUUCCAUGCCUCCAGUCCCAUCUUGAACGUGCGGACGGACUGCCCGCCCCAGCACCUCAUUGAGUUCCUUGUCUCGGAGACGGGCAUAGCCGCCAGCGAGGCAGCAACGGAAGUGCAAAGCAGUAGGGAACGCGAGGAGGCGCUUUUGGAGAAGGUGCGGAAGGCGUUCGGUCUUAAGUGCAUCAUCAAAAUCUGCAUGAACGACAAGGUGCUUGAAGGGGCGCAGCGAUUGCUGGAGCACGCGGACCUCAUCAAGACCACGGUCAACCUUCAAGGCGCCUCCCUAGCUCUCGACGACUGCUACGAGUUAUGGGACUCGGGCUUCAUUUCCGUACCGUACAACUUCAAGAUCCACGAGCUGCCGUCUAGGAUCAAGCUCCUGCAAUCCGCGUAUUGUGCUGCUCCCCUCGAGAGGAGACGGCAACGUGAGCGGGGUUACCGGAUUGUGUGCCAGGUGGGCGCUGUCGGCGGUUAUGCGUGUGCCUGCCUUAUUACGCAGGACAUUGAGCAGCAUGUCGUAUCGACCCUUGAGUUGCAGAUAAGUCGCAGUUCAAUGCGUGCACAGCAUCAGUCGCUAAAUUCAAGACAAGUCGGUGAUUUGGUCGGUUGGACAUUGUAUGAUGCCGCCGCCUGAAAGGUAACUACGUCACCGCCGCCGGCCCUCACCGCCCGCUCAGAGCUUUUGGACCUGAAGCCACUUCUGCACAAGAGGCAGCCCUAAAAACCUUCCCCACACCCUUCACCAGCAGGCUAGUCCGCUUUCCCUGCCUCCAUCCACCGCCGCCCAGAUGCAGCAAAAGCAGCAGCAGUCCAUCCAUCGCGCUCCUGGAACAUCGUGAUACAAAUGAUCACAGGAGCUACAAACGGAAGCGGCUUCAAUUCUCAUUCAGCUCCCGCGGUGAAGGG